AUCGCUGUCAGUGAGUGAAGCGUCGUACCGUCGUAUAUACAUCGCUGAUCUGCCGGGGAGUGGUGACCUUCCGCGUCCUUAAGCUCGACGUAGACGUCUAUGUCGUCAGUUGGCCCGAAACCUUGUAGAAGGUGACACGCGGUGCUCUUCGACAGAUCGCUUCAGGCCAUUUGACGUUUCCUCAAAGUCGAGCGACAAACUCAUAACAUCAAGCCUGCCAAAAUGGGCUGGAUUACCGUCAACGACCAGAUGGCUGGUACACCAAACACCGUUGCCCUGAACGCGCAGUAUCAGCUGGACCACAUGUGUGCCCUCGACAUCAAUUCUCAUGUCUCCUUCGUCCGACUUUCGGGCAUCAUUUGCACCAUCGGGCCUGCCUCUCGCAGUGUCGAAGUACUCGAGAAGAUGAUCGAAACUGGCAUGAACAUUGCCAGGUUGAACUUUUCUCACGGUUCCCACGAGUACCACGCGGAAACCAUCGCCAACGUCAGACAGGCGCAGAAAAACCUCUCCGCCAAAAAUGCCAUCACUGUCCCCGUGGCCAUCGCUCUGGACACUAAGGGACCAGAAAUUCGUACCGGUCUUUUGGAAGGCGGAGGUGCUGCCGAGGUGGAACUAGUAAAGGGCGAAACCUUCAAGCUGUCUACAGACAAAGCAUAUGCCGAAAAGGGCAAUGCUUCAAUCGUUUACGUCGAUUACGACAAUAUCAGCAAGGUGUUGAGUGUCGGGAAUCGCGUUUACGUUGACGACGGGUUGAUCUCGCUAGUCGUUACAGCUGUCGCUCCAACUCAAAUUACAACGACAAUUGAAAAUGGAGGAUUGCUGGGCUCCCGGAAGGGAGUCAAUUUGCCGGGUGUUCCUGUAGACUUGCCGGCAGUAUCCGAGAAGGACAAGUCUGACUUGCAGUUCGGCGUCGAUCAAGAGGUCGACAUGAUAUUCGCUUCCUUUAUCCGCAAUGCCUCUGCCCUUUCCGAAAUUCGCGCGAUCCUUGGCGAGAAGGGCAAAAACAUCAAGAUCAUAUCCAAGAUCGAGAACCAACAGGGCAUAAACAACCUCGACGAGAUCAUCAACGUGUCCGAUGGCAUCAUGGUGGCUCGAGGUGAUCUGGGUAUCGAGAUACCCGCCGAGAAGGUCUUCCUUGCCCAAAAGACCAUGAUCUCCAGAUGCAACAAGGUCGGAAAACCUGUGAUCUGCGCUACCCAGAUGUUGGAGUCCAUGGUCAAGAAACCACGUCCGACCAGAGCCGAAACAUCCGAUGUGGCUAAUGCCAUUUUAGAUGGAGCUGACUGUGUCAUGCUCUCAGGUGAGACGGCGAAAGGUGACUAUCCUCUGGAGUGCGUCCGCAUGAUGGCGGACAUCUGCAAAGAAGCAGAAGCUGCUCUUUGGCAGAAACAAAUCUUUUUGGAUCUCACCAGCAAGGCGAUUCCACCGAUCGAUGCUACCCACGCGGUUGCGAUCGCUGCGGUAGAAGUUUCUGCCAAAUGUCUUGCCUCCGCCAUAAUCGUUAUCACAACUUCCGGACGUUCGUCUCAUCUCAUUUCGAAGUACAGACCUCGUUGUCCGAUUAUCUCCGUCACCAGGUUCCAUCAAGUUGCUCGUCAGUCGCAUCUCUACCGUGGAAUUCUACCUCUGCAUUAUACAGAAGCACCACUGAGUGACUGGCUUCAGGAUGUGGAUGUUCGCGUACAAUUUGGAUUGAACUUUGGCAAGAGUCGCGGUUUUAUAAAGACUGGAGACACCGUUGUGGUGGUUACCGGAUGGAAACAAGGCUCCGGCUUUACGAAUACUCUGCGCAUUGUGACGGUCACUGAACGCCCACCAGCUGGCCUGGUUUAGGAUAUGAAGAUACCAUGGAUAGUCAUCAUAAAGAGAAAAUACAUAGUGUAUCAUCAAGAUACGCGUUUUCGUUGAGAUUUGGUUGUCGUCGGCGUCCUUUCCUAGGUUAGAGUCAGUAUCAUUAUACUGUCGAAGAAUAUACAGAGGCGCACUGUAAGAAGUUAAAGUCCGUUGAAUAUCGAGGUAUAAUCUAAAUAAAUUAUCAACAAGGAACCGCGUCGAACAUUUUGUACUUGGCAGAAGUCCUUCCUAUGCGACAUUUGCUCCUAAAUAUAUUCUCUGCAAGGUCGUGCUUUA